AUGCCACCUUCCAAAGAUGUGGUCAAAAUUGCCGUGCAGAUGAUGGGUGCCAUUCCCCAGCUCAUAGAACUGAAUCAGGCUAAGCCCUUGUCAGCAGUUGUGAAAGAAGUUUGUGAAGUAUGGAACUUGAAUAAUUCCGAGCGUUAUGCUCUGCAGUACGUGGAUGGCCAGCAAGCCUACAUCACAGAACUGAACCGUGGAGAAAUUAAGAACGGGAGCAUCCUGCAGUUGACAACUGCUCCGGAUCAAGAGGCAGCCAAACUGCACGGGGGUAUUCAAAGCAACAGUGUGGAUGUGAAGACCAAUUCUUUGAAGAAGUUGGCAAACCUCUCCCGGGAUGUGGCUUUUGCACAGGAGUUUAUUAGCAGAAAUGGCCUUAAUCAGCUCUUCUUGAUUGUGGAAGAAGACAAUAAUACAGGGGAGAUUCUGGCGUACACCCUGAAGGCCUUUGUGGAGCUGAUGGAACAUGAUUUUGUUUCCUGGGAGACCCUCAGCCCCUCUUUCAUCAAAAAGAUCGUGAGUUACAUCAACAUCAGUCCCCUGGAUGCUUCCAUCCAGCAGAUUUCCUUGGCCAUCUUGGAGAACAUGGUACCCACCAGUCGGGCUCUUUUUGAGCUGGUCAAGCAACAGGUGACCCUGGACCGCCUCAUUGCCCUCCUGCAAGUAAUGAACACGCAGCUGCAACUCAAGGCUAUGGCUCUUCUGAUUGCUCUCCUCCUCAAUGCUGGCGAGGCAGAAAGAAGGGACAUGAUGGACUAUCUAGGGGAGAAGAACCUCAGGCAAUUUAUCCACAAGAACAUUGUCCAUGCCUCGGACCCAAUUGCGGAUGAGAUGGCUCACUACCUCUAUGUCCUGCAGUCCCUCACACUGAACCUUCUGGAGUGUCGGAUGAGGGCCCCGAUGGAUCCCUAUUCUCAGGAACAACGGGACCUCCUCCAGUCUUUGCGCCAUGCUGCCUUUGUGUCUGAGAACGAGUCUUCUGCUGGCAGCUAUAAUACUGAGCGUCGACACUCGCUUUGUGCCAAGGAGUUCCGCAAGCUGGGCUUUGUGAAUAACAGUAACCCUGCCUUGGAUCUGCAUCGGACUCCUCCAGGGCUGCUUGCCCUGGACAGCAUGGUCUAUUUCUCCAGACAUUUUCCAAAUGCAUACAGCAGGUUUAUUCUUGAAAACAGCAGCCGAGAAGAUAAACACGAAUGUCCAUUUGCUCGGAGUAGCAUCCAGCUUUCCUUUAUGUUGUGUGAGAUUCUUCAUGUAGGGGAGACAUGCUCGGAGACAGCCCAAGCCUUCUACCCCAUGUUCUUUGGCCAAGAACACUUCUUUGAGGAGGUUUUCUGUAUUUGCAUCCAACUGUUGAACAAAACCUGGAAGGAGAUGCGAGCUACGCAAGAAGACUUUGACAAGGUGAUGCAAGUGGUUCGGGAGCAGAUCACCCGAACCCUGGUCUUGAAGCCCACUUCGCUGGAGCUCUUCAAGAGCCGAGUGAAUGCCCUCAACUACAGUGAGAUCCUGCGCCUCCGGCAGACUGAACGCAUGCAUCAAGAAGAAAUUCUGCCUGUCCCUGUCCUGGAACUGAGGGAACGGCUGAAACCCGAACUCAUCAAGUUGAUCCAGCAGCAGAGACUCCUCCAUCUUUGUGAGGGGACGCUUUUUCGCAAAAUUAGCACCCGCCGUCGACAAGAUAAGCUGUGGUACUGCCGCCUUUCUCCCAACCACAAAUUUCUCCAUUAUGGGGAUGUCGAAGAAGGGGUCGAAAACCCACCAAUAGAGAGCUUGCAGGAGAAAGUUUCUGUGGCUGACAUGAAAGCGUUGCUGGUGGGCCGGGAAUGCCCCCACACCAAGGAAAAGAGUUCGGGCAAGCAGAACAAGGAUCUUCUUGACCUUGCAUUUUCCAUAAGUUACGAUGUUGGAGAGCAUCUGAAUUUCAUUGCCUCUACACGUUACGAGUUCUGCUUGUGGACCGAUGGACUGAACGUGCUUCUCGGCCGGGAGAUGGUCAGCGAAAGGAUGCAGAGCGACCUGGAUAUCUUGCUGUCUAUGGAGCUCAAAUUGCGAUUGUUGGAUCUGGAGAACAUUGCCAUUCCUGAUGCCCCACCCGACAUCCCAAAGCCUCCCAGCAACUUAAAUUUCUGCUAUGAUUUUACCCAUAUUGAACAGUAA